UCCAAAAUCAAGGCUUUUUGGAAAAAUCUGUUAUUCAUUAGAUUAGAUUCUACUGUUAUUGAUCAGGGGUUGAGCGAAUACUGCUGUUAAAGCGGCUUCACAGCCAAAGUAUGAGGCUCUAUCAUCGCAGCAGCCAUAGAAGUGGGACAAUGGCUGGUGUUUUUCUGCUACUUUUGCCCAUUUUCUUUCCCAGUCUUUUCACUCCUUUGAGCCAUGCCUCGCCUUCCAUUUUCUCGGAAUGGAAUGCUCCAAAACCCAGGCACUCACGUCUUCUGAAGAGUGCUCUACAACGCCAAACUUCAUCUGAAGAACAGUCUGACCUAUGGAUGCCUUUGCCCUACCAAGGAUGGAAACCCUGUAGUGAAUCUGUCAUCGCCUCUACACUACCUGAAAAAUCUGAAGGAUAUAUUCAAGUGUUCCUUGAUGGAGGAUUAAAUCAACAAAGGAUGGCGAUCUGUGAUGCAGUUGUUGUUGCCAAGAUCCUGAAUGCUACACUAGUGAUCCCUCAUUUGGAAGUAAAUCCUGUUUGGCAAGAUUCAAGUACAUUCAAGGAUAUCUUUGAUGUCGGUCAUUUCAUCAAUGUAUUGAAAGACGAUAUAGUAAUAGUUAAAGAGCUGCCCGAUGAAUUCUCUUGGAGCACACGAGAGUAUUAUGCAACUGCUGUUCGACAUACCAGAAUCAAGACAGCACCAGUUCAUGCUUCGACAAACUGGUAUUUGGACAAUGUAUUGCCUGUCCUGCAGAGUUAUGGGAUUGCUGCCAUAGCACCAUUUUCUCACCGAUUGACAUUUGACAACUUGCCUAAGUACCUCCAACACCUUCGAUGUAAAGUAAACUUUCAAGCAUUAGUAUUUGUUCCUCACGUAAGAAAUCUUGGAGAUGUCCUUAUCAAUCGCCUCAGAGAUCCUUCUUCCAAAGGCAAUAUGGUUGGUCGUAACUACCUUAGAGAGGUUAGUGAGAAGUACAAACAAGGAGCAGGGAAGUUUGUUGUUCUUCACCUUCGCUUUGACAAGGAUAUGGCUGCACAUUCAGCGUGUGAUUUUGGUGGUGGAAAGGCUGAAAAACUGGCAUUAGCCAAAUACAGGCAAGUGAUCUGGCAGGGAAGAGUCCUAAACUCUCAAUUUACUGAUGAAGAGUUGAGAAGUCAAGGACGGUGCCCGUUGACCCCAGAAGAAAUUGGAUUACUGCUGGCAGCUUUGGGAUUUGACAACAGCACUCGGUUAUAUCUUGCCUCCCAUAAGGUUUAUGGUGGGGAAGCUCGUAUCUCAACCCUGAGAAGUUUGUUUCCACUGAUGGAAGACAAAAAGAGCCUUGCUUCUUCAGAUGAAAGAGCUCUUACUAAAGGGAAGGCUUCCUUACUGGCUGCGGUUGAUUAUUAUGUCAGCAUGCACAGUGAUAUUUUCAUUUCCGCGUCCCCAGGAAAUAUGCACAAUGCAAUGGUGGGGCAUCGAACGUACUAUAAUCUGAAGACAAUAAGGCCUAAGAUGGCCUUAUUAGGCCAGCUUUUCCUGAAUAAAACCCUGAGUUGGCCAGAGUUCAAAGAGGCAGUUGUGGAAGGACACAAGAACCGAAAAGGGCAGAUCAGACUUCGCAAACCUAAUCAAUCUCUGUAUACGUAUCCUGCUCCCGAUUGCAUGUGCCAGGGUUGAGUGUGCCUUUACAGUAUAUUUGCUGAUAUUAGGUUAGCUUUCGUGCCUCCAGUGUUAAAAUUAAAGGCUGACCCCUUUAUCUAUAGAUAUAUUUAUGUUACCACACGAGAAUUACUGUUCUUGCGCAAUAUGUAUUACAAUUUGGUAUUAGUCCUGUCAUGACCAUUAUACAGAGAGCAUCUUAGGCCAGAGAUAUUUUACUAUGUUUAGCAGUUUCCUGAACCGCUGAAAUGAAUUGCUGUAAAGAGUGUGUUUC